AUGACUGCAGUCAGACGUACUCCAUCAUCUAACAGAAGAGCUAGAGGGCCAAUCAACAAGAGAGCUUGCCAAAGAUGUAGGCUUGGAAAGAUAAAAUGCGAUGGUGAUGCAAUAAGUAACCGAUCCUGCAGUAACUGUGAACCAUCAGCUUGUAUAUACGACACAACGCCAAGAAAGAAUAAACAAAUCGAGCAAAUGAAGGAACAAAUGGACACACUCCAACAACGAAUAAUGGGCAUCUACAGUGAUUUCCAAGGAAAAUUGGCGACUAAAGAAAAGGAAAAGGAAGUUUUGUGUCUAUUGUAUGAAUCAAAAGAAUAUUUUGGUGGUUGUGCAGAGCAUUUAAUUACAUUCGAUAAUUUGAAAAAUAUAAUUAAACAAAGCACUUACCUCCCAGGAUACUUGGAUUUUAUUGAUCAUGAUCGCCAACAAUUUCCAGACAAUGGAAUAAUUUUAACUCCUAAUAACAACGACUUACCGAUAUCAGUACCAUCGUCAAUAGAUCAAACACCUAUUAUAAAUAUUUAUAGUAUUCCAAACACCACUGUUGUUAAUAAUGAGGAACCUCAACUCAAUGAACCUGGUGAUGAUUUCUUUAGGAGGAUACUUGAGAAUUCUGAAAAAUACGCAGAGGAGGAAGAAGAACAGAAUAAUAGGAAAAAGAAAAGACAAGAAAGGUAUGAUAUCUCUGAUCCAUUCAUCGAUGAUAGUGGUAUGGUUCCAUUUCGACUAGAUAAGCCUCGCCCUAAAAUCGAAGGUUUCUACGUAUGGAGAGGUCCAUUAGAAUUAGAAAAUACAAAUGAAAAGGCUCCUGGAAAGAAGAGAGCAUAUAAACGUAAAAAGAAAGACAACAAUGAGGAGGAGGAAGAGACAAGAGGCACAUCAAAACCUCGUAAAAAACCCAUGGGCGAUAUUGAUAUUGUACCUUAUAAUAUACCUGAUAGUAUUCAGCAAACAUCAAAAGAUUCAUCUUCAUCAUCUUCCAAUUCGAAUGCACUCGAUGACACUCAACAGAAAACUCUUAAUAAAAACCGAUCCAAAGAAUAUAAAGAGCAUAAAGAACAAAACAAUGAUAUUGAACCAUUAAAUUCUGAAUUGCAACAAAUCUUAUCAAUUUUUAAAGAUGAAAUAUCAAAAGAAAGCUUUCAAGUCAAAUCAAGAUUUCCACAAAGCCUUAAACCUACUUUGAUUAAAUUAUUGUCUAAAGCAUAUGAACUUGGUGAAUUUAAUGAAAAUCUUUUCAAAAAUUUGACAAACAUUCUACCUUACAAUAAAUUCACCAUAACACGUCUUUGCUAUAGAACAAUGUACCCAAAGGCAAUCCACGAUUCACGAUUUAAAAAAACAGAUUUGAUUUCACAAUUUAAGUCAUCAGUCGACGAAGCAAUGUCUAAACUAUUAAAAGAAUACAAUGAACUAUCCAAAAAAUUUAAAUGGGAUAAUCAUAUCAAGUCCUUACUAUAUCAAAUAAUUCAAACUGAAAUGUCUAUCGUAAUGAUGUGUAAUCAACUCGCUGAGGCAGAAGAGAGAACUGAAAGACAAUCUGAACAAACUUCUAGAAAAAAAUUGUAUCAACAUCUUUUAGCAAUUUGGCCAGAUGAGUGGAUGUCAUCUAACGAAAUAGGAAAAAUUUACAGUGCAUAUAAAAAGAAACAGCAAUCUUGA